AAACUGACGCGAAGUGAUUGCGAUGAGAAGCACGCGUUGGUGUCGGAGCUGAGGGCACAGGUGUCGGAGUUGAAGCAGAGGCUGUCGUCGGAGGUCAGGGAUCAGGAGAUGACCAAAGGCAAUCUUGAGUACAAACUACAGGACGUGGAAAAGGAGCUCCAACUCCGCGAACAGGAACUCCUAACCCAAAAGCAAGAGCACCGGGACCUCAAAGACCAGAAGUUUGAGUUGGAGUUGGAAAGGGAUCGCUACCGACGCGACUCCGAGCGCCUGGAGAAGGCCUGUACGGACAAACAGGAUGUGAUAGACUCGCUCCGGGAGGACGUGAAGCAAAUGAGGGACGAGUUCGACAAAUACCGGUGCGAUUUGGAGAAG